AUGGAAAACAACAAAUACAAAACAAUAGACGGGACAGGCGUUAUCGACUUAGAUGAGGGCCUCAAGCCAUUUGAAGACGAGCUGAAAAACAGAUACAAACGCGCGGAUGGGUGGAUUCAAAAAUUAAACGAUCUUGAAGGAGGACUUGAUACAUUCAGUAAAGGAUAUGAACGGUUUGGUCUAAAUGUUCAAGAGAACGGCGAUAUCAUUUACAGAGAGUGGGCGGCAAAUGCUGUUGAAGCUCAUCUGAUUGGAGAUUUUAACAAUUGGAAUCGUACGGCCGCGCCAAUGAAAAAGGAUGUUUUCGGUGUAUGGGAAGUCACUAUUCCGUCGAAGGCCGGAGUUCCCGCUAUACCACAUAAUAGCAAAAUCAAGAUUACAAUGACAACCCCUGAAGGAAAACAAAUCGACCGAAUUCCCGCAUGGAUCAAGCGAGUUACCCAAGAUUUGGAUAUAUCCCCUGUUUAUGAUGGAAUCUUUUGGAAUCCUCCAAAAGAAAAACAGUAUCAGUUCAAACACACCAGACCCAGCAAACCCGCGAGCCUUCGAAUCUAUGAGGCCCAUGUUGGUAUCUCGUCUCCAGAAACGAAGGUUGCAAGCUACAAAAGCUUUACAGACACAAUGCUUCCGCGCAUUAAAUACCUUGGUUACAAUGCCAUUCAGCUCAUGGCUGUCAUGGAACACGCCUACUAUGCCAGUUUCGGAUAUCAGAUUAACAACUUUUUUGCCGCCAGCAGUCGAUAUGGGAGUCCAGAAGACUUAAAAGAGCUUAUUGACACUGCCCAUAAGCUUGGUCUUGUUGUCCUUCUUGACGUGGUUCAUAGCCAUGCGUCGAAAAAUGUCUUAGAUGGUUUGAAUAUGUUUGAUGGGAGUGACCAUCUUUAUUUCCAUUCCGGAUCGAAAGGAAAUCAUGAUCUUUGGGAUAGUCGCCUGUUUAAUUACGGGAACCAUGAAGUUCUUCGAUUCCUUCUCAGUAACUUGCGGUUUUGGAUGGAGGAAUAUUGCUUUGAUGGCUUCCGUUUCGACGGUGUAACAAGCAUGCUUUAUACCCACCACGGUAUUGGAACAGGAUUCUCCGGUGGCUAUCAUGAAUACUUUGGAAUGUCUGUUGAUGACGACGGAGUAGCAUAUCUCGCUCUGGCAAAUGAGAUGUUACACCAGCUCUACCCAGACUGCAUUACGGUGGCUGAAGAUGUAUCUGGAAUGCCCGCACUUUGCCUCCCUCUUUCUCUUGGGGGUGUGGGGUUCGACUAUCGGCUGGCGAUGGCAGUUCCCGAUAUGUAUAUCAAGCUUCUUAAAGAAAAGCGUGACGAGGACUGGAACGUGGGGAACAUUGUUUUUACACUAACAAAUCGUCGACAUGGGGAGAAAACAAUAGCAUACGCCGAAAGCCAUGAUCAAGCGCUGGUCGGUGAUAAAACACUUAUGAUGUGGCUUUGUGAUAAGGAAAUGUAUACAAAUAUGUCAACUCUGACUGAGUUGACUCCGAUAAUUGAGCGCGGAAUGAGCCUUCAUAAACUCAUCCGCUUGGUCACCCACGGUCUCGGGGGCGAGGGCUAUUUGAAUUUCGAAGGAAAUGAAUUUGGUCAUCCUGAAUGGCUUGAUUUUCCCCGUGCUGGGAAUGACAACAGUUUUUGGUAUGCUCGAAGACAGCUAAAUCUCACGGAAGACCAUCUCCUGCGCUAUAAGUUCCUUAACGAAUUCGACCGCAAGAUGCAGGAAACGGAACAAAAAUACGGAUGGCUUCAUUCGCCACAAGCAUAUGUAAGCCUCAAGCACGAGGAAGAUAAAGUUAUAUGUUUUGAAAGGGGUGGGCUGUUAUGGGUUUUCAAUUUCCAUCCGACCAAAAGUUUUGCGGAUUAUCGCGUCGGAGUGGACGAACCUGGAAUCUAUCGAAUUGUUAUUGAUACAGAUAGUAGUGAAUUUGGAGGAUUCAAUCGAAACAACAAGGAGACGAGGUUCUUCACAACCGCCGAGCCAUGGAAUGGACGAAGGAACUACGCGCAAGUGUACAUCCCCUCGCGGUCUGCAUUGGUGAGAAACCUAUGA